GGAGCGCGCGCGGCCGGGCCGCCCCGGCAGUUGGUGCAGCGGCGGUUGGGGUGAGUGCGCUUACCCCACCCCUCCCCUCCUCGGCCCGGGCCCCGGCCCCCAUCCCGCGGGGCCCAGCCCCAGCCUCCGCCGUGCCCGUCCCGUGCGGGCCCGUGCCGCCCCUCAGCCGGCGACGCCCGGGACCGCCCGCCUGCCACCAUGGAGCUGGAGGACGGUGUGGUGUACCAGGAGGAGCCCGGCGGCUCCGGGGCCGUGAUGUCAGAGCGGGUGUCCGGCCUGGCCGGCUCCAUCUACCGUGAGUUCGAGCGGCUUAUCGGGCGCUACGAUGAGGAGGUGGUCAAGGAGCUGAUGCCACUGGUGGUGGCCGUGCUGGAGAACCUGGACUCGGUGUUCGCGCAGGACCAGGAGCACCAGGUGGAGCUGGAGCUGCUGCGGGACGACAACGAGCAGCUCAUCACCCAGUACGAGCGGGAGAAGGCGCUGCGCAAGCACGCCGAGGAGAAAUUCAUUGAAUUUGAAGACUCUCAAGAACAGGAAAAGAAGGAUUUACAAACCCGAGUGGAAUCUCUAGAAUCUCAAACAAGACAACUUGAACUUAAAGCAAAAAACUAUGCUGACCAGAUUAGCAGACUUGAAGAAAGAGAAGCAGAACUGAAGAAGGAGUAUAAUGCACUACAUCAAAGACAUACUGAGAUGAUUCAUAAUUAUAUGGAACACUUAGAAAGAACCAAACUUCAUCAGCUCUCAGGGAGUGAUCAACUAGAGGCUACAGCUCAUAGUAGAAUUAGAAAAGAACGGCCUAUAUCAUUAGGAAUUUUUCCGCUACCUGCUGGAGAUGGAUUGCUUACACCUGAUACUCAGAAAGGAGGCGAGACCCCAGGAUCAGAGCAAUGGAAAUUUCAGGAAUUAAGUCAACCACGUUCUCAUACCAGCCUGAAGGAUGAACUUUCUGAUAUUAGUCAAGGUGGAUCUAAAGCUACAACUCCAGCUUCAACAGCAAAUUCCGAUGUGUCAGCAAUUCCUCCUGACACUCCCUUAAAGGAAGAUAAUGAAGGACCUGUAAAAGGCACAGACACACCAAAUAAGUCAGAGAUAAGCAAACACAUAGAAGUACAGGUUGCCCAAGAGACUAGGAAUGUAUCUACUGAUUCUGCUGAAAAUGAAGAGAAAUCAGAAGUUCAAGCAAUCAUUGAAUCCACUCCUGAAUUGGAUAUGGACAAAGACCUCAGUGGAUAUAAAGGUUCAAGCACUCCCACCAAAGGCAUAGAGAACAAAGCUUUUGAUCGAAAUACAGAAUCUCUCUUUGAAGAACUGUCUUCAGCUGGCUCAGGCCUCAUUGGAGAUGUGGAUGAAGGAGCAGAUUUACUAGGGGAAUAUUCUGGUGUAGGUAGGCGGAUCUCUUUAUUUGUAAUGAUACAUUUGAAAUAUGUGUUUUUUAGAAAUGCUUUGAAUGUAGUAAAGAAUGAUUUAAUAGCAAAAGUGGAUGAGCUGACCUGUGAGAAAGAUGUGCUGCAGGGAGAAUUGGAGGCUGUGAAACUGGCUAAGCUGAAGCUAGAAGAAAAGAACAAAGAGCUGGAGGAGGAGCUCAGGAAAGCUCGUGCAGAAGCUGAAGAUGCAAGGCAAAAAGCAAAAGACGAUGAUGAUAGUGACAUUCCCACAGCCCAGAGGAAGAGGUUUACUAGAGUGGAAAUGGCCCGAGUUCUCAUGGAGAGAAACCAGUACAAAGAGAGGCUGAUGGAGCUUCAAGAAGCUGUUCGAUGGACAGAGAUGAUCCGGGCAUCACGAGAAAAUCCAGCCAUGCAAGAAAAGAAAAGGUCAAGCAUCUGGCAGUUUUUCAGCCGACUUUUUAGCUCUUCAAGUAAUGCAACAAAGAAGCCUGAACCCCCUGUGAAUCUGAAGUACAAUGCACCCACUUCUCACGUGACUCCCUCCGUAAAGAAAAGGAGCAGCACCCUAUCUCAGCUCCCUGGCGAUAAGUCCAAGGCAUUUGAUUUCCUUAGUGAGGAAACUGAGGCUAGUUUAGCUUCCCGCAGAGAGCAAAAGAGAGAGCAGUAUCGGCAGGUGAAGGCACAUGUUCAGAAGGAAGAUGGUCGCGUGCAAGCUUUUGGCUGGAGUCUGCCUCAGAAGUACAAACAGGUGGCCAAUGGUCAAGGGGAAAAUAAGAUGAAAAAUCUACCCGUGCCUGUUUAUCUUAGACCACUGGAUGAAAAAGAUGCAUCCAUGAAGCUGUGGUGUGCUGUAGGAGUCAACUUAUCUGGUGGCAAGACUAGAGACGGUGGCUCUGUUGUUGGAGCAAGUGUAUUUUACAAGGAUGUUGCUGGGCUGGACACUGAAGGCAGUAAACAGCGAAGUGCAUCUCAGAGUAGUUUAGAUAAGUUGGAUCAAGAACUCAAGGAACAGCAGAAAGAAUUAAAAAAUCAAGAAGAAUUGUCCAGUCAAGUGUGGAUCUGUACCAGCACCCAUUCAGCUACAAAGGUUAUCAUCAUCGAUGCUGUUCAGCCUGGCAACAUCCUCGACAGUUUCACUGCUUGCAACUCUCAUGUUCUGUGCAUUGCGAGUGUCCCAGGAGCCCGGGAAACAGACUACCCUGCAGGAGAAGAACUUUCUGAAUCUGGUCAGGUAGACAAAGCAUCUUUGUGUGGAAGCAUGACAAGCAACAGCUCUGCCGAGAUGGACAGCUUACUGGGAGGCAUCACAGUGGUUGGGUGUUCCACAGAAGGAGUGACAGGAACUGCCACUUCCCCCAGUACCAACGGUGCUUCUCCAGUGAUAGAAAAGCCACCAGAAAUGGAAGCCGAAAAUAGUGAGGUUGACGAAAAUGUUCCUACAGCAGAAGAAGCAACUGAAGCCACAGAGGGCAAUGCAGGGUCUACUGAAGAUGCUGUGGACAUCUCUCAACCUGGUGUGUACACAGAGCAUGUAUUUACAGAUCCUUUGGGAGUUCAGAUCCCAGAAGACCUCUCCCCGGUUUUUCAAUCAAGUAAUGACUCAGAUGUGUACAAAGAUCAGAUAUCAGUAUUGCCAAAUGAGCAAGACCUGGCGAGAGAAGAAGCUCAGAAAAUGAGUAGUCUUUUACCAACCAUGUGGCUUGGAGCUCAAAAUGGCUGUUUGUAUGUCCAUUCAUCUGUAGCCCAGUGGAGGAAAUGUCUCCAUUCAAUUAAGCUUAAAGACUCAAUCCUCAGUAUUGUACAUGUGAAAGGAAUUGUGCUAGUGGCCCUAGCUGAUGGCACCCUUGCAAUCUUCCACAGAGGAGUUGAUGGACAGUGGGACUUGUCAAACUAUCACCUUUUAGACCUUGGACGUCCUCACCAUUCCAUACGAUGCAUGACUGUGGUACAUGACAAAGUCUGGUGUGGCUAUAGGAACAAAAUCUAUGUGGUUCAGCCAAAGGCUAUGAAGAUAGAGAAAUCAUUUGAUGCACACCCCAGGAAGGAGAGCCAAGUACGGCAGCUUGCAUGGGUGGGUGAUGGUGUGUGGGUCUCCAUUCGUUUGGAUUCCACACUCCGUCUCUAUCAUGCACACACAUACCAACAUCUCCAGGAUGUGGACAUUGAACCUUAUGUAAGCAAAAUGUUAGGUACUGGGAAACUGGGCUUUUCUUUUGUGAGGAUAACAGCUCUUAUGGUGUCUUGCAAUCGUUUGUGGGUGGGGACAGGAAACGGAGUCAUUAUCUCCAUCCCACUGACAGAAACAAAUAAAACCUCAGGGGCUCCAGGUAAUCGUCCUGGAAGUGUAAUCCGUGUCUAUGGUGAUGAAAACAGUGAUAAAGUGACUCCAGGGACAUUUAUACCCUACUGUUCAAUGGCACAUGCACAGCUUUGUUUCCAUGGACACCGGGAUGCUGUAAAAUUCUUUGUGGCAGUCCCAGGUCAGGUCAUUAACCCACAGAGUGGCAAUGGCGGAACAGAUCUAACAGCUGACAAAGCAGGGUCAUCUGCACAGGAGCCCAGUAGCCAGACACCCUUGAAGUCUAUGCUUGUCAUCAGCGGGGGAGAAGGCUACAUUGACUUCCGGAUGGGUGAUGAAGGUGGAGAAUCUGAACUUCUGGGAGAGGAUCUUCCACUGGAACCUUCGGUCACCAAAGCAGAAAGGAGUCACCUGAUAGUGUGGCAAGUGAUGUGUGGCAGUGAAUGAGUCCGUAAGAGACAGGCGGAGACGAGGAAGCUGCCUCUUCUGCAUGAUUUAUUUUCCCUCCCCCCUUAUUUAAAUGCUCUUUUUGUGAAAGACGUUUCACCACACAAUAUGUGAGCAUUUUUCCCCUGCUACUUUUAUAUUACAAAAUCUGUCCUAUGGUAACAAUACAGAGGAGCGAGCUAGUUUACUGCACCAGUGUUAAUAGGCAAUUUCAGUAUAUCAUGAACAAAUCAAAGGAUGUUUACUUUCUGCAAACUGGUGAAUUACAGAAAGCAAUCCAGAUGUGGUUUGCUCUGCCACAGUCUAAUGUCACUCACUUAAUUGAUAAGGUCACUUUUUAGCUGUCACUAAUAAUGGAACUAAUGGAAAAGACUUAAUAAAUGAAACUGUACCAUGAAGUACAGAGUAUAGAGUUUUCCCCGGUGUAUUAUAGAAGUGAUACACUAAUAACAGAUGGAUUAUCAGGAUUAUCUAAAUGUCCCAAGAGGGCUAAAAGCUAACUGUAAAUUACUUUAACUUUCACUUUCAAUUCUGACAAAUCUUGUUUAUAUGGUAUAUAAAACUUUGUUUUCAUCAGAUUUGGUGGGGUUUUAUAUUAAAGAAAUUAAGGUUACACUAUUUAAAUAAAAUUUCUUGUUCCUAUCUCACUAGAACUCUAAAGUUUAUGAAGCCUGCUUCUCUGAAUAUUCUAAUUUUUUAGAUUGGUUUCACCCAUUUUCAUACUGACAUUUAAGUAAUGUAUUAUUUGAAGUUUAAGAACUAUUCUGGGAAGCGUAGAGAGCACUUCAGUACUGGGGGAUGUUCUCCAAGGAGGUUGUGUUAUGUACUCUUGUCCUAGAGGAUGGUGGUAGUUGAUUCAGGUUUUUCCAUGGAAAAAAUGUACCUGUUAGCCAGAUACUAGGCUGCUCUUACACUGUUAAGGAGGGGACACUGUGGUGACUGUGGAGUCAACCCAAUUAGCUGACAGCAGAAUGAUUAGGAAAAUUGAUUUAUUUUGUUCUGGAUAAGACUACCAAGCAGUUAGUGUUUGCUUGGUAUAAAUAACGCUUCAGCGUUUGCAUCCUUGUUGGCUUAAAAUGGCAUCUUCAAAGGGAAAUGCUGUACAGCCAGCAAAGUCAGCAUUAAUCUUUUCAUUCGUGGUAUCCAUUUGAAAAAGUGGGUUUAAAUUUAAUUUUAACUGAUAACCUUUUGAGUUUUCAAAAACCGUGAUCUAUACGGUUUUUUCCUCUAUCAAGGAAAAUUCCUGAAAUUCCUAAAAUGUAUGAUUUACCAUUUCUUACCCACUGCUACAAACAAAGUUAAACAUAAUUUUAUGUGCUGUUUUAAAAAUAAAAACAUACAGGAAACAGGUUCUUCAGUUUUCUUGGAAGAACCAGACCACUUCAUAGACAAGAUAUCAAACACAAGUCUCUAAUGUCUAAGCAUUCUUAAGUACCAAGGAACUCCAAGGAACUUUUUCCCCAGACUGUGACACAGAGAUAUCUGUAAAAAGUAUACCAGUGAUUUUUUUGCAUAUAUGUGGUUAGGCUAGAUCCUAAAACACAUGAGACUUAAUGAGCCUAGGAGGCUUUUGUAUCAAUAAGCACACUGAGCACACUUUAAAAUUGUGGCCUGUAUGUUUUAAAAGAAAAACACCUGUUUUGAUAAAGCUGUAUAGAGGAUAAUAUGUUUGAUCUACAUAUUAUUUUUUCUUCAGAGCUGACCACUUUUCCAUCGCUUGUUUGCUAUAUCUUUAUUUUAAAUAUGAGUCAUUUGAGGCAAAUACUUAAAAAAGCAUUAUUAGCCUUUAUUGGAAAUGUUGUAAAAAAUUCAUAAAGAGACACCAAAGUUUCUGGAACUUUUAAUCCCACGAAGUCAGUAUCCUAGAGUCAGACACCCUUAUCAUUGUUCGGAAGCUCUUUACAUGUUUGUGUGGUCCAGUGGAAACCAGGAAACCGGGAGCUAAAGAAGAAACAUGCAAAUGUGUUGGUACCCUGGUUGGAAUUGUUUCUUUGAAACUUAGUGGGGUUGACUUCACUCACAGGCUGUAGGUGUGUGGUGAUUUUAGCUAAUGAUCCCAAAUCACCGUGGUCCUGUGGAUCACUUCAGGGACCGGAGAGAGCAAAUGCACUGCGCAGCUUGUUUUAAGGGCUGUGCUUGUGUUGAUAGUUUUGCUUCUCUUCUUCCCCCCCCCCCAUAACAUAUAUAUUCUUGUGAUGUUUAUUUUGUCAAGGGGGUAAUCUUUGGAAGAAAUAGCGGGAUGUAAGCUGUUCACAGGCAGUAAAGGGGUAUAAACUGUCAUAGCCUCUACAGGGCAGAGGAGGUUGAGUGCCUCUGGGCAGUCUCCCAUGUAAAAAUCUUAGAGGAAGAAGGCAGAGUACUGAGAGUUCUCAUUUUGUUACAUCUGGUUCUAUAUGAAGGUGAACUAUCUGAAAUUAUCAAUGCACAGUCAUAGCUGGUCUAUAAAAAGAACAGCAGCAUAUGUCUCAACCUGACACUAGAAAUGCAGGCUAAAGUCUCUAGGAGGCUAAAGGAAACUGUUUUUUAGAAAGUCAGUAUUGAGACCAUGUUUCUCUAACUGGUGUAGAUCCAAACUGAUAAAAUAAUAAUGUAUCUCUUACAAGUUGCAGCUUGCUGGGAGUGUAAAACGUUCCAGCACAGAGGGCGCAGCAUACCUCUCUUCAGCUGGAAUGUGUGUGAGUGGAAAGGUUACACUAUGGGCUCAGUUGUAGCAUUGUUCUUAUGAAUUUGAGAGGAGACUUAACAUGCAGCCUUUGCAACAAAACAAAAUGCCUCAUAUUAACCUAAAAAGAAUGCGUGUCUUGCAAAUGCCAUGGAGAUGGAUAUUUAUUUCCUAGUAAGUAUUAUGACUAUUACCAAAGGACUCAACCAGAUUUAGGGUUCUUCUUAAUUGAUCAUGUUAGGAAAGGGGUUGGUGGUGUCCCAUUUGGAUGCAUGGGAAGAGAAGGAAAUACAUGUUGAAAUCAUAAAUGCUUUUCUAACAGGGUUGUGCUAUUCUGUAACACUAAUUGUCUUUUUUUCUCUUAAAAAUGAAGUUUUAUUAAUAAUUUUGUCAUUUAUUUCUCAAUAUUUGAAUAUGUUUUAACUGUUUAUGUCCUAAAUUUCUUUUUGUCCUAGACAUCAGAACUUUACUUGCCUCAUAAGAUUGGGUUCUAGAGUGUCCCAUAUGCUGUCUCUUAGAGGCCGAGGCUUCAUUUCUCUGAGUAAAAAGCUCAUUAGCAAUGUAGUUAUUUCAGUAUUUAUUUCUAUUACGGAAUCCCUGGGAUUCAGAAUGUAACUUUGUACAUGAAAUAUAUAUAAAUAUGUAUAUGAAACAUG